GUAACGUGUACCUCAUCCUCUGUUUCCACGCCUUCUUCUGUUAUACUUAUUGUAAAUAAGGGAGGUAGUAAAAUAGUAUUUAAAAGAAACACGUGUGACUGUUGAGAUGACAUGGCGUUGAUCCCAUGCCAGGUGCUUCGGGCCGCAAUUCUACUCUCCUACCUAUCCGUUCUGUGCCACUACAAGGCCGUAGACAUGCCAGCGCAUCAGACCUAUGGGGGGAGCUGGAAAUUCCUAACAUUCAUUGAUUUGGUCAUUCAAGCUGUUUUCUUUGGCAUCUGUGUGCUGUCUGACCUCUCAAGCUUGCUAAUGAAGGGGAGUGACAACCAAGAACAAGAAAGGCAGCUUACGAAGCUUAUCUCUCUCCGUGACUGGAUGAUGGCUGUGCUAGCCUUUCCUGUAGGAAUUUUUGUAGUCACCAUGUUCUGGGUUCUUUACCUAUAUGACAGAGAGCUGGUUUACCCAAAGCUUCUGGAUAAUUUUAUACCAUCUUGGCUAAAUCAUGGAAUGCAUACAACAGUAUUGCCUUUUAUACUAAUUGAGAUGAGGACAACAAAUCAUCAGUAUCCAAGCAGAAAUGGAGGUAUUGCUACAGUAUGUGCCUUCUCUUUUGGUUAUAUAUUAUGGGUAUGCUGGAUUCAUCAUGUGACAGGGGUGUGGGUAUAUCCUCUUUUGGAAUACAUCAGUCCCAGAGCCAAAAUAAUAUGUUUUCUUUUAGUCAUGUUUAUCAUUAGCAUGUAUUAUAUUUUGGGAGAGAAAAUCAACAGCUACAUCUGGGAGUCUGAGAAAAGUAAGUUAUAUAGUUGAAUCAAGAGAGAAACGGCACAAGACUGAAUAAAUGCAACACGGAUAUCAUUCUCCAAUAUUCAUCAAUAGGCCAAGACUAGAAGAAAAUAAAAACUUUGGAAAUGUAUAAAAA